AUGCCUGCUAUAAUAGGAACGGCCCGAGGGUUGAUGGGACGUCUUUGUAUGGUGCUUCGUACCAACCAAAUCCUGAAGAAGAUUUGCACGCACGUCCAAAAAGAACGCGCGAACAUCGACAGGCGACCGCGGGACAGGCUACAACUUAUCUUCGUUCUGCUGUCCUUUGUUUGUGAGUGCAAAUUUCCUUUUCGUCGCCCCCUAAUCGCUUGCACAUCAGCAGGCUUCACCAUCAGAUCAGACCAGCAAGCCACCUCGGUCAGCGUCGGACGAUUUUUGCAGCUAUCCGCAGGGGUCUCUGCUUUGAUCGCCUGCGAGACGAGAAGUCGUUUUCUGCAACAACAAAGUAUCGGAGGCGUCUUGAUCUGGGUUGUGCUCCUGGUGCGAUUUGCAAUAUCCUUCGCCCAUCAGCAUCCAGACUGUUGGCGACGCCAGUUGUGCAAGCCCUUAACUUCCUGCGGACGUCUAUCUGCUAACACUGUCUUCCAAUUCAUAGAGCCGCUCCUUCUCGGAGAUAAACCCACCUGGCCAUUUAUUUCAACAUCCUUAAUUCGCGAUGGGUAA